AUGGACGCCAAUACGCACCGCCUCCUUGAAUCCGUAACGCACAGGACACUCCACGCACAUGCAUUUUCUCGCGCAUCCUCACAGGCAACGCUCGUCCUAACGGACCUGCUCUCCCGCUACCUCACACUUCUCACCUCUUCCUGUGCACGCUACGCCCAACAUGCAGGUCGACAUCAGUUGUCCAUAUACGACGCUUUACAAGCAAUAGAUGAACUCGGAACGUCUGUGGACGAACUGAGCGAGUUUGGCUCGACUGAAGGAAAGGAGAUGAAUCGCUAUGCUGUUCAGUCUGCAAAACGAAUUGAAGAGCUGAACGAGUAUCGAUCACACUUGUUCGAGGGUCUGCGGCAAGAUCGAGACGACGCGAUUGCACUCCAUUUUGCGCGUUUCGACGAAGAAGGGUAUGUGGACAGCGAGGACGACGAACAAUCUUCAGAAUACUCUGUCUCGGAUGAUGAGGUCGCCACACAGCCAGCUACACUCCCAGACGCUAUGGAGGUGGACGGCCAACCGGUCUCUCCUUCGCUUCAGAAACGGAGACACGUCUCGUCUCCAAAACUGCCACCUUCCCCCGUCUCCAAAUCACCUUCACCGUCCCGCAAACGACCUCGCACAGCAAACUGGAAUCCACCGGAACAUAUUCCAGACUUUCUCCCUCCUUUUCCUUCGACGGACGUUGCUCCUCCAGGAUCAAACCACCCAUCGCCUCGAAUGUCUUCCCAACCACCCGAACUGCGUCCGCCAACUCCAGCACCCGGAACACCCGAACCAACAGGCGCAGCUGCCGCCGAAAAGGCAGAAAAGGCCUCUCUCUCCCUUUCUCAAGCUAUCGCCGCCAACAACACUACUUCCGACAUUCUCGUUCAAGUGCCGUAUGCCCAAUCGACUCUCGCAGGGAUACCAGAACGACAUUUACCCGGUCCACCGCCGUCACGGCCGCCCCCACGUCCACCACGCUUUGCCACACCUCAAACGGAACCUUCCUUUAUUGGCGCAUACCACUAUAUCCUUACACACCCCCCUCCACCUCAUCCUCCACCCGCUACGACACAACGCCACCGCGUCGCUAUGGCCCUCCUAGACCUACUCCAAAAGCAAUCGCGCUGGACGCCUGCCGAUACGCUCAACGCAUCUGUUGCGCCCUGUCCUCCCAGAGUAGCCACCAUGUCGCCUUCCUGUCCCGUAGCCAUAUCGGAUCUAGGACCGGAUGGUAAACCGCGGGAUGGCAAGGAGGAUAGGACCAAAUUCCCAAUGACCAGCAUGAAGCCUGUGGCAUAUCCAGAACGGUUGGCGCCGAUGGCCAGCCAGCCCAGUUCGCAUAUACCUGACCUCGCAAGACUGGUUCUUCAUCCUGCGAUCCUCAGUCGCUCGACACGCCUUACCCAUCCUCCCAUGCUCUAUCGCGGAUCGAAGCCGCUGGUGUAUGGGCGUGGUGUACCUGCCCCGUGGAACGUCGCACCCCUCCCGGACCCUGCCAACCCCUCGACACCCUCAUCCUCCAAGCCCAAUGGGAAGGACAAGGAAACGGACCCAGAUGCACCGAAACCAGCCAUGGCAGACGCGCUACUCUUUGCAACAUGGGAUUAUGACAAGAAGGAUUAUAGAGUUCCGUUGCCUCGUCAUGGGAGUAGGAAUCGAGUGGCGGGAGGGAGCGGUGUCAUCACGCUUGGGGGUUCUAGAAAAGGGCACAAGUAG